AUGGUGGCUGAUGCCUUGAGUAGAAAGCGAACCCAUAUGUCUUCCAAAACAUUGAAAGGGUUAGAGUUGUUAGAGAAUUUUCGUGACUUGGAUCUUAAUUUGGAUUCCUUGUUGGGAAAGGUACAAUGUGGAAUGAUCGUCGUAGAUAAUAAACUAAUGAAUGAGAUAAAAGCCCUUCAAGCGACCAAUGAGGUUAUUCAGGGGAGACGAAAGUUGGUUGAGACCAGCAAGGCUCCCGAAUUUGAAAUGGGUUCAGAUAAUAUUUUGUGGUGUAAUAAACGUAUUUGUGUGCCUGAUAAUGCAGAGUUGAGAAAAACUAUUUUGGAUGAGGCCCACAAAAGCAAACUGAGUAUUCACCCUGGUGCUACGAAGAUGUAUAAAGACUUGAAGCAGAAAUUUUGGUGGCCAGGAAUGAAGAAACAAGUGGCGGAAUAUGUGGCGUCUUUCCUGACUUGCCAAAAGGCUAAGGUUGAACACCAAAAACAUGUUUGA